AUGUCGGCGACUCCGCCAGUGUCGGGGGGCCGGAAGUCGGGCUUGAAGACCCAGAAGUCGGCCAUGAGUUUCUACGACUUCAUGUCUGCGAGGGGGGGCCUGGGUUGGGCGGCGUUCAUCGCCAUCCAGUACGCCCUUCAGCCGACGCUCUUCAGGAUGUUCGUCGAGAAGGGCACGCCUCCGAGCUCGCUGGUCGUUGGGUCAGAGGUGUUUAAGAUGUUGAUGAUCAUCCUGCUUCUCUCCAUGAACGGUACAGGAAGGCAGGCCUGGAGGGAGUGGUCGCUGAUUGACUCGCUGCGGACCGCAGGUUUGCCAUCGGCGACAUUCGUGAUCCAGAACUAUUGCAUUGCGGUAGCAUAUCAAAGCCUCGACGGCGUUAUGUUCAACGUGCUCAAUCAGGCCAAGAUUCCCUUCACAGCUUUGUUCGCUUUCUUGAUAGUCGGAAAGGCCAGCGAGGACCCAGACCUUUUGGCCAUCGGGCGCCCCCCGCCAGCGAGCCUGCGCCUCAGGAGCCUCCACCCGCGGGCGAGGUCACAGGCCAUCGUGCUGUUGUGGUGGUUCGCUCUGGCCAAGGAGCAGAAGGCCGCGGACCACGCGGAGCUGCCGAUCGCGGAGGCCAUCGCCCGCCUGAGGACUGGGCCCGACGAGAGCAAGAAGCAGCAGGAGAAGCAGAAGCAACCGCCGAGGGCGGCCGACAUCGAGGUGCGGCACUACGUUCACCAAGUGCUCAGUGACGAGCUGGAUGAGAAGGUGAAGGCGAUGCUGGGGGAGCUCCACCGUUUCCAGGAGCGCGCCAAGGAGAAGGACCCGCUGAGGUACGAGAAGAACAAGCGCUACUGCGUCGGCAUGCGGGAGGCCAAGCGCGCCGUCGUGCGGCGGAGGGCAAAGGGCCUGGUCGUGGCGCCGAACCUGGAGGCGCCCGGGGGCGCGGGGGCGCUGCGGACCGACGGCCUGACCUACACGCAGGUCGCCGCUGGAGGGGACCACACGGUGCUGCUCAGGAGCGCCGGCACCGCCGCGGCUUGCGGCCGCAAUAAUAGUGGUCAUUGCGACCUCCUGGCGCUUGCCCUCGGGCCUGACCUACAAAGCGCACUUGCUGCCAGCGUUGCUCUGCAGGCGUCGCUCGAUAGCGGCUCAAUGGUUGUCGUGACCUUUGGAGGGGCGGACAGAUGCAGGAUCAGGGCGGCGCCCACCGCCCGCCUCGCAGACAUCUACCUCCAGCUCGUGGCCGAGCACCGCGCGGGCAGGCUGGGCCCCGGAGCCUGGUGCGUCGAGGCGAUCCUGCCGGGGGGCCGCCCGCUCAGCAGCGCCGCGGCCCAGGCCGCCCGCUCUGCGGCCCGCGCGCCCGUCGCGGCGCUCCUGUGGAGCGGCAUGGGCGUCGCGGCGGCCUGUGCCCAUCGGCUCCCGGACCCGGCAGAGGACCUCAUCGAGGCCCCGCCGGCCCGGGGCCCGGCCAUGCUCGGCAGAGCGGCCGCCACGGAGAACGAGGUGCCCGUGAUCUUCGCCCUGAGCAGGAACCGGAUGGGCAAGGCGCUCGGUAAGAACGUCCGCCUGAGCAUCGUGUGCGUGGUAAACACAGAGGGCGUCCAUCCAGAGUUCAAGCAGGUGCUGAAGCUGGUGGACGACCUACGAAGGCAGUGGGUCAUCAGGCAGAUGUCCAGGCUCACGGCCGAGGACGCGGAGGAGAUGCGGAAGCGCGCGGAGGAGAAAGCGGCGCGCGACGUCGCACGCCGGGAGGAGAAGCGGCGGCUCGAGGCAGGGGAUGCCCCGCCGAAGGAGGAGCGACAGAGGAUAGCUGCCAAGGAGGCCAAGGCCGCGGAGAAGGCCCGGAAGGAGGCCGAGCGCAAGGCCGAGGUGGAGAGGAGACGAGCCGAGAAGGCGGCGCGCGCCAGCGACCCCGCCUUCCUCGCCGAGAAGGCCCGGCAGGAGGCCGAGCGCCGCGCCGAGGAGGAGCGGCGGCUGGCCGAGGAGAAGGCCCGCGAGGCCGCAGAGCGCAAGGCCGAGCGCGCCAAGCGCGCCGCGGCGCUCAAGGCGGAGGAGGAGAGGCGGCGGAAGGAGGAGGAGGCGAAGGCCGCGGAGCAGGCCAAGAAGGAGGCCGAGAGGGCGGCAAGGCUGGCUGCUGGCGAGGACUUGGAGUCGGAGUCGUCUGGUUCAGACGUGGAUCUUCCCGCAGGAUUCUGCGACGACCUGUUCUGA